GUAUUGUGAGCGUCUUUGUGGCACUAAUGAUCGCCGGAACACUCUACGACAUCUUCAAGCCCAACCACAUCUCUCGGCCAAUAUGGAAGGUCCAUCAGCCAACCAGCAACGAGCAUACAAAUGGAGCAGUCACCGAGACAACUCCACUCGUCAACGAUACCUCAGUGUCGAGACAAGCUGAGAAGGUGAUAGUACCUUCUGCUCAGGAAAGGCAGUUGUGUAUUACUAAGUUCCUCCUGGCCUUCUCCAUCCGAACCAACACCCGGAAGCUCCUGUCUACGCGGGAGUCUCCCGACAGCCUGGGGUGUCUGCACGGGAUCCGCUUCCUCAGCAUGACCUGGGUCAUCCUGGGGAACACCUUCGCUUUCGAGAUAGGCUAUCUAGACAACCCACUACAGGCGCUGAAUAUCACAAAACGUUUCAGCUUUGAGGUGGUCCUGAAUGGGUUCGUCUCAGUGGAUUCCUUCUUUUUCCUCAGUGGAGUCCUGAUGGCAUACCUGAUGCUGCUCCAGCUGGAUAAGUACAGAAGGGAGGGGCGCAGGUUCCCCUACUGGCUGCUGUAUGUGCACAGAUACUGGAGGUGA